CAGAACAGUGUGAAACAAAGGCAGGCAGUGCAGUGCAGGACUAUGCAGAGCAGCACCUCGGAGAUGCUUUCACUAACAGCGGGCAGCAUCUACCAUGGCACCAGCAUGGAGGUUUGCAGUUUGAGCUGAGGAUGGCAGGAGACUCUUGCAUCCACAUGGACCACGACAUGGAAACAGGAGUGACACCCAGAGAGCAGGUGAAGAAACUCCCAAAACACUUGAGAGAGGUGCAGAUCUCAACAGAUCACACUCAUCUGAUCGCAGAACCAUUGAAAAAACCCCGGCAGCGUUAUGUGCAAAAAGAUGGAAAGUGCAAUGUGCACCAUGGCAAUGUUCAGGAAACCUACCGCUAUCUUAGUGACCUCUUCACAACUUUGGUGGAUUUGCGGUGGCGCUUCAGCUUCUUCAUCUUUACUCUGGUCUAUGUGCUGAACUGGCUCUUCUUUGGGUUCCUCUGGUGGCUAAUUGCACUCAUUAGAGGGGAUCUGUUGCACAUGAAUGAGGAAGGAUGGACCCCGUGUGUGGAGAACCUCAAUGGGUUUGUCUCUGCUUUCCUCUUCUCUAUUGAAACAGAAACGACUAUAGGCUAUGGUUACCGGGUGAUUACAGAGAAGUGUCCAGAAGGAAUCAUCCUUCUCCUGGUGCAAGCCAUCCUGGGUUCGAUUGUCAAUGCCAUGAUGGUGGGCUGCAUGUUUGUGAAGAUUUCACAGCCCAAGAACCGGGCUGAAACUCUCAUGUUCUCACAUAAGGCUGUGAUCUCGGUUCGGGACAACAAACUGUGCCUAAUGUUCCGUGUGGGAGACCUGCGGAACUCCCAUAUUGUGGAAGCCUCAAUUCGAGCCAAGCUGAUCCGCUCAGAGCAGACCAAAGAGGGUGAGUUCAUCCCACUCAAUCAGACGGACAUCAACAUCGGCUUUGAUACAGGGGAUGAUCGCCUCUUCCUGGUGUCGCCCCUCAUCAUUUCACAUGAGAUCAAUGAGAAGAGCCCAUUCUGGGAAAUGUCACAGGCACAGAUGGAGAAGGAGGAAUUUGAAAUUGUGGUGAUUCUGGAGGGCAUGGUAGAGGCCACAGGCAUGACUUGCCAGGCACGUAGCUCCUACUUGGACUCUGAGGUGCUUUGGGGUUAUCGCUUCACUCCUGUGCUCUCGCUGGAAAAAGGAUUCUAUGAGGUGGACUACAACAACUUCCAUGACAUCUACGAGACCAAUACACCCUCUUGUAGUGCCAAAGAGCUAGCAGCCAGACUGAGAGAAGGCCAGCUGCUCCCUCAAAUGCUGAGACCCGAAUCCAGGCCAAAUAUCCUGGACCCUGCCCUCCCAACAAUACAGAAGAGUGAGCAGGAGAAAGGAGCAGAAACUAACAACGGUUCAGCCAACCCUCAAGGGGAAAGUCCCUGAGGAAAUCUCUAACAUAGAAAUAUUAAGAAAAAACCCUGAUUAGAGAUUGUUUUCACUUUAUCCUGAUGAGUAACUGUCCUGCAAUACUAUACCAAAUUUCUCACAGAUUCUGUAUGAUGCAAGAUUGAGGCUUGAGAAAAAGACAUGAAAAUACACAUGCUGCAUAUCAACAUAGAACAAAAUAUUUUUUACUUCAGUCUGAAAUAUAUUUUCAUUACACUGACCAAUGGACAAUAUCCUGGGAAUCUGGUAAGUAGCCAUACCCCACUCAAUGCAGUAUUGCAGGCUGCAAUUAUGCACUCAGAAAGAAUGACUUUGACAAGUCAUACACUGCACUGCACCCUAAUUAAAUCUAUCAGGUUUUCUAGACAUGAUGCACUUUUAGCUAAGAGGUAAAUGCAAUAUUGCAGUGUUGCUGGCCCAGGGAAGCCAGUCAUGCUCUACUGUAUAUAUUUCUGCUAUUUUCUGUUUCCACUAUGUCCUAAUUGUUUGGAAAAGUUAGGAUUACUCAUGAAUAGUCUCAUGAGGCCAGAUGUGAUCAUCAUAACAUGACUAUACUUAAGAGGUCAAUUUAAAGUUUUGACACAAAUGAAGGCAUGCCCCCUCUAAAACUCAUCCAGAAAUUCCUCUAGUUUACUUUUUUUUUCCUACAUCUGGAGUGACGUAGUGAAAUGCUAACAAAACAGAACUUUUUCCUUGGAAAGAGGUAAUGUUUAUUUUUACCACAUGUAAUGUGUUCACCACAAACGUGACACACAUACAUGCUUUAUUGGAGUUUUUUUUGAAGGGACUUUGUAACUUAUAUUACAUCCACCUCCUAACAGGCUUGUUGUCUGCCAGACAGUGUUCACGAAUGCACCAUCACCUGCUACUUUAUAAUCCUUGAAGCAUUGUAUUGGUUUAGAAAUUUCACACUCUUUUGUCUCCUGAUAAGUCCAUUAUUCCACCGUAUUUAGACCAAAGUUUCUGAUAGUUGACCCCAGAUGUUCUUGUUACGAGAUGUUCUUGUUACGAGAUGUUACGAGACUUCUGACUCCACAGGUACAGAGACAUGGGAACGUGUUUUCAGGUAAGGAUGAUGAAAUUCUAAGCAGCAAAUACAUAGUGAGAGACACUGUAAGUACACAGUGAUGUCAUGCAAAAUGUAUAUGCCUUUUUAUUCAUUUAAUUUUUUUUAGAUCAUUUACAUCAAACAGAAAAUCCCACAACAUGCUAUGAUGUGGUGACACAAAAAUAAAGUGAUACAGAAAAGCUAUUGCACACCUUGCCCACUCAGCACUAGGGGUUGCUACACAAUUUUUCAUGUCACUUUUGUUUCCUAACUAGUAAUAUUUUCUGUAGUAGAUUUUCCACACUCACACUUUCUCUCUCUGUCUCCCUCUCUAUCUCUCUUCUUGACAAAGUCACAGUGGAUCUUUGCAGCCAGGCCAAAGUUAGGAGUUGAUCAGUGAUGAAUGCUCUUAUCUGUCAGGCACAAUCAGCAAUGCUAGGACAAUGAAUGAUGUUUAUAGUGUUUUACAGGUAUUUAAAAUACCAGUUUAUACCAGCAUGUAGUAUGGUAAUCCAGACACAUAAUUUCAGGCUCAAAUUCAAUAGACUAAAUAUACAAGACAUUGUUCCAGAAAAACAAUAUUCAGCCACUUUGGGUCUCAGAAAUAGCCUGCAACUCUGCAAACACUUUUACUCUGGACACAAAUUUGCUUUUGAUUCAACUACAACCCAACAAUGUGCCCAACAGCAAUAGAUUUGGCUCCUGUAAUAACAGUGCAUGGCUAUACUGCAGAUAUAUGUAAGUAAUUUUGACUUGGAGUGCAUAGUAGGGACCUUGAUAGUUUGCUUAUCUGAAUAUGCUCCUGCCACAUUUUCACUGUAAUCACUUUGGUACUCCCUUCACAUUAUAAGCUUAACAACUGUAAUUUUUUGAUGCUGUUCCACUUAGAGAAGAUGGCAGAUCAGAUAACAUGCUUUUUAAGACUCAAGCACAAUCACAGCAGUGGCAGAAACAUUGGUAUCUGGUGCAACAAUCUAAAUAAAAGCAGAUGUCACUGUUUAUUCAGAGUGUAUUUCAGAAUUGCAUCUGAAACUUAAUUUGUAUACUACUACAAAACUGUAUUUAGUAUAUUGUUUUUGUUCACUUACAAAAAUCUAUGUAUCUAGUAGCUUAGUUAUUAUCUCUGCCUGGUUUAUAAUAAGGAUAUAUUCAUUUUUCUCUUGAAAAACUAUUCUGGAGUUUCAUAUAUGCGAGGUUACAACACCUUGAAUUACAUUUAUUCUGAAGAACUGAUUUGUAGUGUGAGCAUGAAUUAGAACCAGCAGGCAAACUCUACACUUGACAAACUCUAGACUUCAAUACAGGGUAUUUUCUAAGGCAUGAAAAUUCAUUAAAAAACUUUAAAGAAAUAUAAAACAAAACAAUGUAGAGAUCAAAAUUUAUGGUUUGAAUGUACUUCAAAUAUUCAAGUAUGUACUGUCAAAUUUCAUUUGCAUUUAACAGAAUAUUUACCCAAGCGCAAGCAUAUGUUUUCUGUUUGGGAUUCCGUAGAUUUCACCUUUGCUGACAUUUAAUGUAUCCUCUGUGUCUUCAAUGGAAAUAAACUCUUAAUUACCUAAAUUAA